UUUCCAGUGCUGGUCAUGCCUGUCUCCUGAGCAACACAGGAAUCCUAACACAUGUGGAUCUUUAAGAGACAGACUCAGUCCCACGCACACCCUAGCUCACGGAGGAGGAAAGUAGACAGGGCUAGCAAGGGAGAACAGUCAGGAGGCUAAAGUCAUGUUCUUAAGAAGUGGGAGUGUUCAGAGAAAACUCAGAGAACACGUUCUUCUCACUUGAGCCAUCUCCAGAACAGCUGGAACUGGGCUGAACAAGAAAACCAGAGAAACAGAAACAGAAAGAACAAAAAGGGGAAAGCUACUUAAGACGCAGACUUAAAACAGAAAUUGGAUUGACAUUACUGUUUAGAUGUGAAUAUGUGGCAUGUUUGUUAACUGACUUUCAGAUGGUUGUCAGCAUAAAAUGGGCUUCAUACGUCAACAGGGAGAAUGAGGUUCUAUAACGCUCACCUGACUCUCUGAAUGGGCCAUGGAGUAUGUGAUUGUGCCUGAGGAGAGCAAUGCUAUGGUUGGUAACUCCCACCCGAUGGUCAGAUCAGACCAGGAAUGUGAAUCCCAACCUCCACUGAGGCCCACCAAUGUGCUCAGAUCUGUCAUUUCCUCUACUCUGAGCUCCCACACCCAGCUACACCAACAUGCUUCUGCAGAUUCAGUCCCGCAGUCCAAAGUGAAGGCUCGCUCAGAACGCAAAGCAAUCUGGAAACAGCCUUUUAAAAAGAAAGAAGACAAGAGACUGGUACCUGGUUUCCACAUGUCAGCAUUCUCUCACACAGGUAUCUGGGGAUUCAGCAGCAGUGAUGAGGACAUGGAAGCUCGUAGUGAGGAUUUAGCCAUCCACAUAGGUGAAGAUAAAAGUACUGUCACAUCUAUAGGACAUAGAGAAGCAGUAUUUCUGGAGAGCCUCACAGAUGACAUAUCCAGUGCCAAACAAGAUAAACCAUGGACUCCACCUGAGGAUUUUUGGAGAAUUGCCAAGCAAGAACCAUUGAUAUCUAAUUGUGGUGAUGUUCCUGGAAGAGAGGAAUCUAAAAGUGGGGUCAUACCCAGGCACACGGUGAUGAGGACAGAUCCCAGCAUUCAGGGAGAGAUUAAACAUUCAGACAGUGCAGAGAGUCAUCCUCAGGGCUGCAGGCCAGGUGACUUAGGCCUGGCAGGGGCAACAGGAAGUGAACUGUGGCGUACUGAAAGUCUAGAGAGCAUCUGUAGCAGUGGUAUUUCUCUCUCACUAGCAGAGAGAGUGGAGAUAAACCGAACAAUCCUCAGACAGAGGCUUCAGAAAACCCAAAAGAAGAGCAGCGAGGGGCAACAGGCUACAAUAAAUGAUCAGAGGAUGGAGAAUACACAUAGCAGAGGUGGGUUGAAUGACAGUGACUGGGAUUCUGGAAUUUCUCUACAAGACAGCGAACAAAGUCAGAGGCCCUUUGUCUCGGGCGCCGAGUUGCCGCUCAGUCCUCGCCAUAAACAGGCCAAACAAUUGCUGGAGCGUGCUCGCAUGAAAGCCCGCUCGAACCCGCUGAAAGCUGACCACACCAUCCUACCCGUCCAGAGGGACAAGCCGGAGCUGCGUUCCUGGGUCGGAGCACCUGUGCAGCAGGCUCCUCUUGCGGGUACGGAACGGGUGGCGGUUGGCUCGGGAAACCUCAGUGACUCCUCCAGCAGUGACUCAACUGGAGGCUCUCGUCGCCAUCGUACGCAUGGGCAGUCUCCGACACGUGUGCGUUUUCAAGAUGAGUCAGAAAAAGAUGCUGAAGUGCGGUACUUGGAGCGGCAGCGCAGACGAGCUGGAGAGAGGGCGCAGGGAUUGCUGGUUGCCAAACCUAGUUUGGCGACAUAUAUUAAAAGCCAAAGACCUGAGGACACAUUCAAAAGCAGGAGGAGUCAGGAGAACUUACAUGACGCUAAUAUUUACGGACCUGAGACUAUAAGUCAACAGUGCAACUCUUGUGGAACAAUAUUGAAUGGAGAUUUUUCAGAUUCCCGAUUCUUUCAAAAGCAGUCGUUGCCUGCUAAUGGAGAAACUGAGGGCAGGAUGGUACCAUGCUGGGUUGCACCAACGUUGCCUAACCGCCUGGUGCGAAUAGAGCAGAUUAAAGAGACUUACAUAGGGGCCAUGAGCCCUGCCAUUGUGGAGAGCGAUGGCACACACUGUAGAGCCUCAGGCAGUGUGGUUAAUGGUAGAGGGACUCUACAGAAGCAGAAGAGAAAAUGUCGUAAAAGGGAUGGCAGUCCCGAGAUGCUGAAGGCCACUGCUGCCAAUGGACUCAGAACAUCAGGAUCACCAAGCAUUUCCAAUAAUACACCUGAGUCUAAUGGAAAUGUAGGUCUACCCCCAAACCCAUAUGCCCUAGAGUCACUAGAGCUAAAGGUAGAAGGUAAAACUUGUAUGAAUCUUGCUAACUUUGAAGACUGCGUGCCUUCAGCAGCCUCCAGAGAAGUGCCUGGAGCUCAGUCAGUUCCCAGGCUCUCUCAGCCUGUUGCACCACCUCUCCAGUCCAAAAAAUCUGCACUGAAUUUGGAGAGUCCCAGGGGCCAGCGAAUCAUGCCUUCUCAACACCAUCAUCUCACGCACAUAGCCACUGUACAGGAGGGUGGGGACCAGUCAGAUUUGGAGGGUAUUCCACAAGGAAAUUCUGAUCCUCCAAAAACCACAGUAAUAUCUAAAAACUCCAUGCUGGAGGAACUAGCAGGUAGCAACAGUGAACAGGGCCAGAGAACCAUACCAGCAGGCCAGCAUGGUUCCCAACAAGCAGGUUUGGCACAGGACCGAAUCAGAGUGGAGGUAGCAGCUAGCACUGCCAAAACAUCUGUGAACAAUGGACAUGUUGAAGGACCUAUCAGGGCAGAGGAGCAAAGGGAGGACAGACCAAGACCUUCACUAAACUUGACCCCAGAUGCUGAACAAAGGGAGGGUAAAGCUCAGCAGGCCCUGCGUCGCUUCUUUUCAGCCAUGGGUCUUAGUGCAAGAGGGCGGCUUGGUAAGGGUCACUCCAACAGCAUGGAACAGCUCAGCCCGCCACUCAAACCCAGAACAAACUCCUCAGAGUCCUCUGGCCACCCAUUAAAGAAAGCACCAUCGCUCCAGAACCUGCGUCUGGUGUCUCCCUUCUCUCAGCUGAAGAAAUCCUCCUCAGUACAGAAUCUCCAGUCUCCCAAGAGGAAGCCUGAGCGCUCUAAUGUGUAUACACCAGGGGAACAGCCCUGCAGCCCCGCCCUCUCCAGGGGUCUCCAGCGUGCACUGAGUGUAGAGGAUGUGGGCAGCCCCAGUGCCAUGCGAUCAGUGGGUAGAGUUGCUCAGGCGUUUCCUGAUGGGACGUUUCUUUUAGAGCUUAACCGGCCUCCAGACAGACCCUUCGGCUUCCUCAUCUCCCGUGGGAAAGGCAGACCAGACUCAGGUGUGUAUGUGGAGGACAUGGGAGACACCAGUACUAAGAAGCUGUAUGCCGGACUGCUGGGAGUGGGUGAUGAAAUCCUGGAGGUGAAUGGGGAAAAGGUAGCAGGGCUGAGUUUGGAAUUGGUCACCCAACUGAUGGUCCAGAAUGAUAUGGUGUCCAUCCGUGUGCUGCGGCAACGACCACCUCACCGCUAACACCACAGAUUAAGUUACAGUAGCCAGGACAUGGUGUGUGUACUGAUCUGCUGGAUUUGAUCAUGAACACCCGUGUUCUGACUCUGUUCUUUAAUCGGUAGAUUGAGCUUUACUGCUGACAACAUGCUUGAAUGAAUUCUGUGGCUAGGCUGUGGCUUGUGUACUUACUAGAAACGACAAAGGAAGUUUUUUUUUAGCAGUAACAAAACAGAUAAUGCCAUUUUCCUCUUUUUUGACUGCAUUUUGAGGAAGUGCACAAACCUUUGCCUCCAAUAUUACUGCACGUCUCCAGGAACGGUAAUUUUUUCUCUCAGUGGAUUUCACUUCUUUCUACUUGUCUUUCCAGUUUUUUUUCCCAAUCUUAUCCUCAAAGACAAACCAUUUCCCAAUGCGUCUCAAUAUUUAUAACUUAACUGCACCAAAACAAAGUAAGGUAUUAAAUAAUGCUAGCUGAUUACUGUUACACCAAGGGAUUGUAUUUGGGGUUGAUAAAUGUAAAUAGCUACCUAGCAAGCUAGCUUGAUACUUCCUAUCACUCUACAAAAUGAAGUAUUAAAUAAAUGAAAGUAUUAUGUUAAACAUAAAACAUGUAGCACAGAAAACAUUCUUGUGUCAAGGAAGUACCAGGUAAAAAUAAAAUCAUACAAAAGUUAAGAGGCGGUCAUUAGUGAUCUGAUCUCUUUGACUCAGUAUUGGAAAAGUUCAAUAACACAAAUUUGGCUAUUGUUAUUGGAUAUUGUUACUAUAUCUUAUGGGAUUGUAUCUGACAAACCUUUGACACAUAACAGACUGAAUGGUCACUUGGAUAAGAAAGGGGCCUGCAGUAAAGCUAGGCUGAUGUUAGCUACAUCCUGUGAGGCUAGCAUACACAGAGGCAUAGAAAACAAAAUUGAUUGAGCUCUUGAGUAGCACAAUUGAACAGUUUGGGAGUUUGCAUGUCAUCAAUCCAACAGUCAAUUUCAGUGGCAAGGCAUUUAAUUCAAGCACUCAACACAUCCAAGUGUUCAGUUCCUCAGAUGUGUUGGGUGCUGGAGUUGAAAAUGUCAGUUCAUUGUGUGUCCUUGGGGAUUAAAUUGGGAACCAAGAAUUGUAAAUUGACUAUUUACACAAGAGAAUUCUUAUUUCAGCCAUGCAACGAACAUCUUAUGGUAUAAAUCCUGAAUCAGAUUCCUCACUGUCUGUUAUUCAUUAAAACAGUAAAGCAAACAGGAUCUCUCUUAAAGCUUCCAGGUUUAUUCUAGAUCCACAUCGUUGCUCUGAAAUUCACACCCACGUUAACAAGUGAAAUCAAACCUCAUGACUUUUGUGCAAUGAGAUACUACAGGUUAUGGGUUGUUUUUCCUUACUUGAAAAUAUUUGCCAAAAAAAUGUCGUUGUUUUUUUAAUGCUUACAAUCUCACACUCCGGGCUUAAGGAGCAUGUUUUCAAUUUCUCAAACUAUAUCCUUUCAGUCUACACAGGAUUUCUCAUGAUAGUAUCAUGCUUCUUUUCCUCAGAACAAAAAUUCAGGAAUUGGUAAAGCAGUAAAGGCUGGAAUGAACUCAACCAUAAAUUAGGGGUUUGCAUUGUAGGUGUUUGAACCGUGGAUAAAAACAGUGAGGCAGACUGUAAUGAAAGUAGCUAAAUGUAGUCUGAAGUAGAUGAAACCAGUUCAGUCAACUGCAAAAAACUACUCUGGGAAGUUUUUGUAAAUGUUCUUUUGCUUUAAUGGGCCACUUCGAUUUCAGUUUGCAUGAAAAGGAGCGGUAUGUGCUUGACUGUUUUUUUAUCCCAUUCGUGCCUGUGCCUAAAUGAAAUCCUCCAGCAGUUAGUUACUUUAAAGCUGAAUAACUCUUGCACUCUGGCAGAGUGAAUUCCUGUCACCAGUGCUGUGUGAAAGAGUGCUUUUAAAGCACAUCACUAUCCAAUCCCACGUAGCAUGUUUAGAGUCAGAUCAGCAGCACAUGCCAGUGCAAGGAGACUUAUCCAGGCUCGCUUUUGAAGACCUGAGUUGAACAUGGUAGAAAAGCCUUCCAGACACACUGUGGUAGAUUUAUUUACUUUUAUCCUGGAUAAGUUUUUGCUGUGGAAAAGUCUACUACUUUUUUAAUUACUGGUUGAUUUGUCAAAAUUUGUCAUCAUGCAGCCCAGACCAUAAAUAUACCUAUGGUACUCAAGUCGAAAAAUAAAGGCUCCCAUUGUUCGCUUAGAACAAUUCGAGUGCAUAGUUGUUCGUUUCUCAUUUUUCAUUUGUUGCUGACAUGCACAGUGCUCACAAUGCCUGCACAAUGCAAAACGAAAUACCAAAAAAGUAUUAUAUCACUUACUUUGACUUCAGAACCGGAGCACAAACACAAAUGUUCUGAAUGCAAUAUGAAAAGAGGAAGCUGAAACACGGCUGCAAUACUAACUCCAGACUGCAUAGUAAAUUAUUUAGAUGCUUCUUUCAGUAUUAUGACACAUGCACCAUGAAUUAAUGGCUGAGUUUCAUUGUGUUUUCUUUUGUGUAUUUAUAUUUACUGUCUCAUAAAAUAAAAUUAA